UAAAUUUAAGUUCCAUUAUGAGUGAUGUAGAGAAUGUAUUAGUUUUCUAUCUUUCAGUUUUAAGAGAAAUGCAAUAAAGGUUUAAGUAAUGUUCAUAUGUUCAUAUACGUUGAGAAUUAUAACAUUUGUAACAAUUAAUUUCAUUCAUGUUUUACUUUCAGGAACAUAAAAAAAAAGAAAAGAAUAACAAUGAAACAAGCAAUUAACAGCAACAACAAAAAAAGUGGUGUAAAUGAAUAUGGUUUAAUUGUAAUAAUUCCUUCAAAAUAAAUAAUUAAAAAGCUGUUGCUAGAUUAAAAAGAGAUUGAAAAAAAGUAUGACUAUGGACAUAGUUAAUUGCAAGGACAGUGCAAACCAAGAGCUAAUGCAGGCUGCUUUUGGAGGUGAUCUCGACGCCUUAAAGCUUCAAUUAUCAACGGUUGAAGAUCUAGAUACACAAUUUGAACAAGGCUUCACAGCGUUGAUGUUCGCUGUUCAAAACGACCACUACGACUCAGUGGAGCUCCUUGCUGCUAACCACGCCUCACUAGACAUUACAGAGGAAAACGGCAGGACCGCUCUUUAUCUUGCGGCUGAAGCAGGUCACCUAAACAGCCUAAAGAUACUUCUCAGCUACGGAGCUUCUGUGUACAUUGCAAACAAAGAUGGGAUUUCUCCGUUGAGCAUUUCGGCUCUUAAAGGUCAUCAACUUUGCGUUCGAGAACUAGUCAACGCUGGUUCCUACAUUGAAAGAAAAAGUUUUAAGGGCAUUACAGCUUUGAUGAAUGCCGCCGCUAAUGAGUUUCUUGAGUGUGUUGAGGAACUUAUCAAAGGUGGCGCCGAUGUCGACGCAACUGAUCUUUUUGGAGGAACAGCAGCAUCCAGAGCAGCGAAUUUAGGUCACUUGGAAUGUUUUUUUGCCCUUGUUCAAGCUGGGGCAGAUGUUUUGUGGAGAGACGAUGCUGAAGAAAUGUUCUUUCAUGAAGCUAGCUUAAAACAAAAGGAAUAUGAUUCUUCAACUGAAAAGAAAUGUAUGAAUAUUUCGGCACCUCAAACUGAUGUAAUUGAAUUAGAAACAUACAGAUGUUUUAAAAGAAGAAAUGCAAUUCAAUUAGAUCCAAUUUAUGAUGUAUUUGAAGCAAUAAAAAAUAAUGAGAUCGAUAGAGUCAGACAUCUAAUUGACAAAGGUUUUGAUGUGAAUUGGACUUCAAAGACAGGAAAAACACCAUUAAUGUUAGCUAGCUGUCUUGGUUUUAUGGAUAUUGUAAGAUUUUUAAUUCAAGCUAAUGCAGAGAUUAAUGUCUCUGAUAGUAAUGGAUUAACUGCUCUCUCGUCUUGUGUCCAGUGGGGACACUGGAAAUGUGCAGAGAUCCUGGUAAGUUACGGAGCCAAAGUCAAUAUAAUUAGAAUUUCGGGAGCAUCACUUUUGCUAAAAGCAGCACAAAAUGGUCAAUUCUAUUACAUCUAUGCAUUACUAAAAGGAUGCGAUACCCUUAUUAUAGAAGGAGAUGUAAUGCCAUUACUUCUUCUAGUGAGAAAUGGUCAAUUCCAAAACUUCUUAACUUUGAUAUAUUGGAUUUCAAACCAUAGACAUUCUAGUUGUGUGAAACUAGAUGAAAACUGGGACAAUAUCAUUAAUGUGACUGAUUCUGAAGGCAUGACGCCACUUAUGUAUGCUGCAUUACAUAAUAAUUUAGACUGUCUAAGAGAAUUAUUAAGCACUGGAGCAACGAUAGAUCAGAUGAAUAAUGUUGGAAGAACUGCUUUAAUGAUUGCUGUAAGCAACAAUAGUAUUAAGUGUGUGAAAUUACUUUUAGUCUUUGGCGCAAACUGUAAUCUUUUAGACAGAAAAGGAAGAACAGCAUUAUUUUAUGCUGUCAAAUUAACCUCAACAGAGACAGAAGCCACAUUUGGAGAUAAUAAGCCUUUACAACGCUCUAGAUGUAUUCAAUAUCUUAUUGGACACAGGGUCAUGAUUAAUACAAUAGAUUCCAAAGGAAACACACCUUUGCAUGUGGCCGCUAAGACCGGCUGUGAUGAGGGUGUUACAAUCCUCCUGGAUAAGAAUGCUGAAAAUCACAUAACAAAUAAGGAAGGCAGAACGCCUCUGAUGCUAGCAGCCACAAACAACAGAGUGAAAUGCCUGCAGGUUUUGACGGAGGCUAAAGUGGAUACUAAUCAAACGGAUCGUUUGGGGAUGACAGCUUUAAUCCUAGCAACACAGUCUAACAACAUCAACAUUGUCAAAGUCCUGUUAUUAGCUCGGGCUGAUGUUGACAUAAAAGACUUGAAUGGUGACACAGCGCUGAUACAUGCUGCUAGACAUGGUCAUUCACAAUGCUUAGAAUUACUUUUACAGAAUGGAGCUUUAACUGAUAUAACUAAUUCUAAAGGGGAAACUGCGUUAAGUGUAGCUAUAUCUUUUAAUCACAUUGCUUGCUUACAAACAUUGGUUGAAUAUGGCGUUAGUUGGAAUAUUAAACCUGUAGAAACAAUACUCAGCAUUAAUCCAAACGGAUUGAGACACAACAAACAAACGUUACCCACUCAGUCAGAGGCUGGAAGUCAAUACUGUUAUAAAAACAAAGAGUUAAUUCAUGCAGCCAAACGUGGUGACGUGUCUCUUUUGCAGUCACUUCUUGAGAAUGGAGCCUCAGUAAAUGCUGUGGACGACAGUGGAGUUUCCUCCAUCAUGCUUGCAGCUCUGCACAACAAAACACAAUGCGUCCAAAUUUUAAUUAUUGCUGGUGCAAACAUUGACAAGCGAAGCAAGAAAGGUAUAACGGCUCUAAUGAAUGCUUCCAACAGAGGGCACAAGCAAUGUGUUGAAAUGCUUCUUGUAGCCGGGGCCAAUGUUGACCUUGUUGACAAUACAAACAUGACUGCCCUAGCCAGAGCUGCCUCGAGAGGUCAUUUAGGUUGUUUGGAAGCUUUAUUAGAGUGUGGAGCUGACAUUGAUACUCGCAAUAAAAGUGGGCAAACUCCAUUAAUGCUGGCAGCGGAUAAUUGUAAAAUUGACUGCAUGUUUGAACUUAUUGAGUCAGGAUGUGAUGUCAACAGAAGAGAUCAUCAAGGAAGAUCUGCCCUAACAAUUACUAUCGAGAAUCGCAACUACAAAGUUGCACAAAUUCUUAUAAGACUAAGUUCUGAAAAAAAAACAGCUUUGAUGAUAGCUGCAUGCCUCGGAAAUGUCACUUGUCUGAGUGAUUUAGCUUCUAUUGAUUGCUGUAUAGAUUUGGUGGAUAGCAAUGGUGACACUGCACUAAUACACUCUGUACGCUCAAGAAACAUCGAUUGCCUUAUCAAACUUAUAGAGCUUGGAGCAAACGUCGACAAACAAAAUAAUUACGGCGACACAGCUACUGUUAUAGCGACAAGAAACAACGACAUCCAAAGUCUUAAGAUUCUUUUAAAAGCAAGGGCCAAACGUAAUGCUGUGGCUAACAAUGAUGACUCAGCUCUAGGUGUCGCUGCUUCACAAGGCUUUCAAGAAUGUUUAGAACUUUUAAUCCAUGAAAAUGACUGCAUUGAUUUUGGUAACAAUCUUGGACAGACCCCAUUGAUGUUAGCUGUUGUAAAUAAACGGCUAGAAUGUAUAGAGAUGUUAAUUGAAGCUGGGGCCGAUGACGAUGCAAAGUGUAAACAAGGUAACACUUGUCUUAUGUAUGCAACAUUACCUGGAAAUAUACAGAGUGUGAAACUUUUGCUUAAGAACGGCUCAGAUGUCAAUUUACAAAAUAAUGACGGUAACACUGCAUUGAUCAUGGCAGCUUCUGGAGGCUACGUCGACUGCUUACAGGCUCUUUUAGACUCGGCUGCUGAUGCUAACAUACAGAAUACAAAGGGCAUGACGGCAUUAAUGAGAUCUGUUGCUAUUGGUGAAACCAGUCUAUUUCUUGAGUGCUCCAAGAUUUUGAUAGAAAAGGGCAGUCAACUAAAUCUAAAAGACAACAAUGGAAACACCGCUUUGCAUCAUGCAGCAUUAAACGGAAAUGCUAAAUGUGUAGCUCUUCUUGUGGACAACAAAUCAUUUUUGAAUGAAGUCAACAAGAAAGGCAAGACGCCAUUGAUGCUGGCAACUAUAAGCUUGCAGGGUGAGUGUCUCUCCAUUCUUCUCAAAGCUGGUGCUGACGUUAGCAUUCAAAGCUUGUCUGGGUUCAAUGCAGUCAGGUACGCCAGAAUAGUUAACUCUAAGGUCUGCCAAGACCUGCUAAUACAGUAUACAUUUCCUGUGAACAAAACUGAUUCAGACAUUAAAACAGCUUUACAGAUGGUCGCUAAAAAGGGUUCCACUAGCUGCGUCGAGAAAUUAGUUUUGGCAACAUUAUUUUCGACAGAAGCUUCCAUUAACCUUUCCAAUAAUUUCAAAGUGACAACUCUAAUGAAAGCCGUGGAAGAAGAAUGCUUACAAUGUGCUAGUUUUUUAAUCAAAUCAGACGCCAAUGUAAAUGAAGAAGAUAAAGAAGGUAACACAGCACUAAUGUAUUCAGCGAAGACCGGAAACGUUAAUUUAUUGUCAGAACGCAUUACCUCAGGAACAGACCUUAAUAAGGCUAAUGCUAAUGGAGUCACCCCAUUAAUGAGUGGUGUACUAAAUGGUAAAUUAGAUUGGGUUAAGAAACAUGUUUCAUCAGGAUCUAAUAUAAGUGGUCAAGACAAAUUUGGAGACACUGCUCUUAUGCACGCUGUUAAAACUUCAUAUCCCGAGAAGUUGGGCUACAGUUUGAUAAGAGAAAAGCACAACCACGCAUCAAGACAUGACGGAAAGUCUGCUCUUCACAUUGCUGUCUUAAAGAGGAACAUUACGGACAUAGAGACACUUAUUAAACACGGAGCAAAUGUCAACAAUUCAGACAAAUCAGGGCACACCCCAUUGAUUACAGCAUCGAGAGGUGGAAUGUUUGAUUGUGCCAAGACACUCUUAAAAAAUGGUGCAGACAUUAACUGUCAGUGUCAUGAAGGAAAAACCGCCGUCAUAUAUGGAUCGGCAAACUGCUCACUACUUCAAGUUUUAGUUCAAUGGAAACCAGAAUUAAAUAUAGUUGAUAAAGCAGGUCACACAGCAUUGUUUUAUGCCAUUGAGAAAAACGCCCAUAAAUGCAUCCAGCUGCUCAUAGAAUUCGGAACGGAUGUCAAUAAAACUUCAACAGACGGUGAGACGUUUCUCCAUCAGGCCGUGAAAUUCCAAUUGACAUUAUCUGUGAAGGCUCUUAUUCAAGCUGGAGUAUAUGUCAAUAAAGCUGACGCAACCGGAUUUACCCCAUUAAUGAUGGCUUGCACCAUUCAAAACACAAACAUAUUAAAUCUUCUCUUAAAGCGUGGUGCGCAAGUAAACGCGUGCAACUCUAAAAAAUUAACUUCUCUUAUGAUUGCAGCAGCAUCUGGUGACCUACACAAUUUAAAGAUCUUAAUAGAUGUCGGUGCUGACAUAAAUGCAAUGGACGAGAAAGGCUGCACGAGUUUAAUCCACGCUACAAAACAUGGUCAUUUGGCGUGCGUUAAGCAGCUGAUUCUGACAGGAGCUGAUGUCAAUCACAGUACUCUUAAAGGCAAUACAGCAUUAAAGUAUGCGGCGAAAUACAGACAUCUGGAAUGCCUUAAAGUUCUUAUUGAGUAUUAGGCUCAUAUCAACUCGGUAGAUUAAGAAAGAGCUAGCCUUUGAUCUCAGCUUUGGCAAAAGAUGAAGAAGACUGCGUCGAAUGUCUUGUUGAGUCAGAGGCGGAUAUUAAUUGUACCUCUUAUCCAUGUCACCCCUUGCACUGGCCAGCAGAAACGUUGUUAACAGAAAAAGGUGUGGUGUGAAAGAUUACUGCAAUGACAUGGAGGACUUUUACUAUCUCAUUUAGCAAAAUGAAAUGGAAAUAUUACAUUAUUUUAUUGCAAACAUUUAGCAAGAGAAAUAUUCGGUAAUUGAUACAGCUUUGAACAGCGAUAGCAUUGGAAUAGUCAAAUACUUGCCCAUAAAUAAUAUUUCAACUCAUAAUUAUCUUUUUGACGACCAAAACAUGAUUAUAGAACCUGAGCCAAGUGAUGAAAUGGAAACCUACAAUGGGCCUUUUCCUCUUGUAAAACUUGCUUAUCUUACUAUAUCUUCUAUUAUAGGAUAUGGCCCCGGCAGGACAGACAAAAUCAGUUCACUCCCUAUUCCUGAACAGAUCAAAAACUUGUCUCUUCACAAGGGCUACACGGCAAAAGUUUGCCCCAAACUUUGGUGCUCUAUUCCUAUAUUUUCUGAUAUGUUUGAAUUUGGAACUAGACCGUUCUCAAACGGGCUGCUUUUUAAUUAGCCAGUUGUUUAUACAAUGAAAAUGUGCCAGUAAGUUCUUAUCGAGGUGAAAAACUUCUAGAUUUUGAUGACGACAUACGUACGUAAUGAAUGCCUUCAACGAUUACGGAACCUAUAUGAAUUGUUGGUUUGUUUACUAGAGCUGAAACAACACUUUUAUAUCUGUCAGAUUACGGUGUACUUGGUGGUGUAUCAUUUAUUUGCGAUCAUACAUUUUAUUGGAUUAUUAGUCCCAUAGGAGACUUGCGAUAAACUAAACACUGUCAAGGACACUAAAUUGUCACUGUGUUGUCAAGUAAAACAAACAAGAAUUGAGCUCUAAUGUUAGCACUAUCUGAUUGCAUGGCUGUUGCUAUGAAUGGUCCAUCAUUUGUGGGGCCCUGGGAGGCUUGGCCUCUUUGGGUGCCCCUGCAUUUUGCUUAAUUAUAUUUAAUGUAAAAAAAACACUUAUUUGGGGCUCCCUUCUGUGGGGGCCAGGGAGAAUUUUCAAAUUCUCCUCCCCCCCCCCUCCCCCAACUUAGCUACGCCACUUGUUGAUCUUCAUAGCAAAUCUCAUUUAUCACCUUGAGUUUUUUGCCUAUUUGUUUGAAAUCAGUUUCAAUUCAUAGAGGGAGAGUUUAUUUCAUCCUUUAUACUGCAAUUUGUUUGAGCUAAAAACUGAAAUUUAACGAUUCGAAAAUAAUAAUCGCCAACGUUAAACUCGUAAUCUGUACAUGACAUCAAAGUAAACUAAAUUAUUGAAUGUCCUUCUCUUUCGAUAGGCUACAUCAUGUUUCUAUAAAAAUCAAGACAAUUUAUCCUGUCUAGUUGAUAUGUCUAAAAAAAAUACAUUAUCAAUAUGUCUAUUUAAAUAGUCAUUUCUAGAGUGCAUUAAUAAAUUGCGUUUUAAGCCAAUGUUCGUAUAAGUAUCAUUAGUGAAAGCGAGACCAAUGGUGAUAGUACACUGACCUGCAAUGUCACAUCCUAUGAGCAUUGAAAACCAAUAGCUCAUUGCCACGUCUUAAGACCUGUGAAGUGGCGACGAGCUAUUGGUUUAAGCUGCCCACAGGUUGCGACGUUGCCGGUCAGUGUUCAGGCCUACUAUCACCAUUGGUCUCGAAGAAAGACGUCAUGCUAGGGAAAUUUGCCAAAGUAAAAGUCCAAGGCUGGACGGGCAGCUUAGUGCCUAUUGAUCUAUUAUCAGCUGAAACAAAACGAUGAUUUAUUUACUUUAUUAAUUUUGUAAGUUUUUGAUUAUUUUAGCAUUAUUUUAGGUUUUUGUUGUCAAUUCAGUUUCUCUAUUUUGUUAUUCACAAUUAUUUGACUUAUGUAAUUUAUGCUUAUGAAAAGUUAAUUUACUGUUAAACGACAUUUUAAAUAAUUUUUUUAAAUAGUCUUACAAAUAUAUGGAUUUUGUGUAUGUGCAUUUGUAUAUUUUUUCUGUAAUCUAAGUAUUAGCUCUCAAAGUUACACUGUAUUUUGGUUAUGUCUAAAAAGCUAUCCGGCUAUUAAAAUGUAAUACUAC